GCCGACUAGUCGUCUUCCACGUCAAAAUCUUCAUCACCAUCUCCGGUUGGACACGAAAGCUUGCGUUCGAAGAUCCAUCUUAAUUCUUCGCUAAGCGUCUAAGGCUAAACGCAUAAUACUUUUUUUCGGGAGCAAUUUUGAUUUCCAUAAAGUUUCGCCGAGACCUCCCUUUCUGUCUCCCCCUCGGAUUCUCCGCUUCGUCAUUUAUAGUCUGUCUAUUCGGUCUGCUCUCCCCGCGAGGUCGCGGAAGGAACGGAUCCCAAUCCAGGCGAAAUUUGAUCAUAGCUUUUAUCAGAUUUGCACAAAUUUAAUCAAAACGAUAUUCAUCUGAUUUUCGGGGUCAGCGAUCGGGGACAUCAACAAAUGCAAGUUCAUCACCGGGUUUUUGUCUCAAAGGAAAUGACAUUCGCACGCCGGUACAACAUCUUUGCGUGAUAAUUAUGUAACUUUUGUUUAUAUUUUAUCUGUCAUCCAGGAUUUUUUUGGUUUGUGAACUGCGUCAGGAAUAGAGGAAGACAAACUUAAGCUCUCGUUGAUUUUCACAAGAUUUCUUUAUCUCGAAAAAGAAAAUGAGGACAAAGAAUUACUUCAAUGAUGUUUAACAAUUCUUUCUUGGUAAUGUAAUUCUCGUCAGUAGAAAAUCGAAGUUUUAAAGCUAGUAGAUGAUUGAUACGUAGAGAGUAUAUCGCUGUUGCUACAAGAAAUACUAAGCCUACCAAACAUGUUUAAUAAGAAUAUAACAAAAGAAUCAAUGAUGACAAAUAUGCUGUAUUGACACAAAAUUGCCAUCCAACUUUAAUAAUAUCAGAGAAAUAACCUGCUCUUUUGGCAGCAUCUGAAUAGAUUAUUUGAAAACUUAAUAAGGACAAUUAUUACAUCACUCGAAAUGAUGAUGGAUACCACUAUGCACGGCGGCGCCGAGAGUUUCGGGGUUUCAACCUCUCAGUCGCAGCCGCAUCAGUCCGCAGUAACACAACACAACCCACACCAUCACAGUAUACACCCGCAUCAGCAGCUCGGGCUCCACCAGCGGACCGAUGCCUCUUUACAUGCCGACGCCGGCGGCGUGGACGUCAGUGGACUCGCCAACUCCGAUGCCGUUGCCGCCGCGGCUCUCGGAGCGACCGGCCUGGCCGGAGGUCAUCAUCACCAUCAUCACCCUCAUCAUAACGGUGGUCGAGGGUUUUCCGUGUCGCAUCUCCUUAACCUCCAGGAUGUGAGCGGGUUCGGCGAUCACGGUCUCGGGGAUGGAACGGGAGGCAUGCCGGUGAGAGACGGCUCGCCCAGCGGGAUCAUGUGCGGUGAUGGGUUAUUAGAUGAUGGUUCAUGUGGCUCGUUGUCAGACAGUAACGGAAUUAUCUCGGCCAAAUCAAAACGACAGCGCCGCAAUCGGACCACGUUUACCACCGCUCAGCUCGAUGCGCUGGAGAAGGUAUUCGAAAGGACACACUACCCUGAUGCUUUCUUACGCGAGGAGCUUGCAAAGAAGGUCGAUCUCACGGAAGCACGAGUCCAGGUCUGGUUUCAGAACAGACGAGCAAAAUUCCGUCGUAACGAGAGAAGUCUCCAAGCAGCCAAGGUCGCCGCGGCAAGGAGAAGACCUUUUAACGGCGUCAAUGUCGAACAACCAGUGGCGCCGCGUCCCUGCCCAACCAGCACAGAACUCGGCAGCACGUGGAACUCCGCCGCAGCCGCCGCGGCGUCCUACGGGAGACUGGCCGGUGUCAUGUCGCAGGCAGCCGCUGGCCACAUGUCAAUGAUGAACAUGAAUGCGUUGGAAAACGCCGGAGGACUAAGCUCAAGUUGGGCUAAUUUGAGGUUAAAGGCGAGAGAAUACAGCAUGCAACAAAUUCCACUUAUCUAGGAGCGAGAUUCGAGGCUUUCUAUUAUCUCACUUUCAUGUGUCACACGUGUUCAUCUGUAAUCUGACGUUCUCACACAAAAUUAAAAAAAAUACGGACCAAGACCGAUUAUGACUACAACGUCAGAUAAAUCUUCUAGCUUUCCUACCAAGAUGUAUGACGUCACAAAACAUCUUUCCUUCAUCAAGAAGGCAUUGGGAAAUU